AACAAUAACAAAAUUGCUCCAUCGGUGGUGAAUUUCACAAUGACAUUUGCAAAAAUCCCGUUUGCGCUCCCUUGACAAAUAGAAAGUGAAAAUUUACUGUUACAGGCAAAUAUUAUGUGGGAAUCGCUCAAUAGUUUCAACUAAUGCCAUUGAAAGUUAUGGAGGGAAAAGUAAAAAAGGAGCCCGACAGUGGUGGAGACUCUAAGGGUGAAAAAAAGCUGAGUCCAGCUCAUGGGAGCCAUCAGCAAGUGCCAAAAUGGUUGGAAGAGAUUUCUAGUACAAUUUCAAAAGAAUACUUUGAAGAACCACUCAAAACAACCGGAGACUCUCAGGACAAAAAACCUUUUGGCAUUAACUUUAGCACCUCUAACAUUCCUAACCGAAUACCCUAUUUAGAAGGGAAAAUCGGAGAGCCCAGAAGUUCCUCCUCAGCCAAAUUUGGUCGAAGAUCCUCAAUAACAAUGGAUCUUUAUAAAGAGCACUCGCCAAAGCAUCUUACGAUGACGAACGCGGAUUACGUGGUGCCAAACCUUGAAGAAAACACGCAUCUGAACAGCCUCUACAGUCUCGAUCAGGAUCUGGAAAAAUCGUGGAAAAGCUUAAGCCAAUUCAACCAAGUACAAAAAGGAAGACUGCCAAGGAAAAGUGAGAAGCCCCAAUCUGGUGUGAGCGUUUCAAGUGACUUGCUGCCCGAUAACUAUUGGAAUUUGAGGCAUAUUCCCUCUUCUCCAGAAAGCGAUUUUGAUUUGAUGGAUCGCUGCAAGAGCGAAAUGUCCAAUGAGCGAACUCAGAGUAGUUAUAAUAAUACGGAAAACUUGGCAAAAUCUAAAUCAUCGGAGACUAUUUUUGGGGAUAUUUCGAGCGAGGAUCCUGGAUUGAAAAUUGACUCACAAAGGACCAAUACUAAUAAUUUCGAUAAAAAACUUAAGGAUUAUAAAUCUCGUUUGGAAGAAGAAGAGAAAUUUCGAGAGAAAAUCAUUAACGAGCUGCUCUUUGAAAAUGAACGAAUAACUAGUGGUUUUAGAAGGAGCAAAUCCAAAGAAAACAUCAAUAAAAAGAAAAAGCCGAGACAUAAAAGCCAUUUUACUGAACGAAGAACCAGUUACCCGCCACAGGAGGGCGAAUUUUUCAAGGAUAGGUUUGGGGAUACCCUUAAAGAGUCAAUUAAUGAUGUUUUUAUUAUUCCUGAACUUCCCCGAGGCAAGAACCUCACUAUAGACAUCUUAAGCACCUGGGGUGACAAAUACUACGUAGGGCUUAACGGAAUCGAACUAUUUUCUUCUGAGGGCCAAAUAGUCCAAGUACAACAAAUAUCCGCUUUACCAGCUGACGUGAACAUUCUGCCAGAAUGUCAAAAUGAUCCUAGAAUAGUGUCAAAUUUAUUAGACGGCGUUAAUAGAACGAGAGACGAUUUGCAUAUUUGGUUGGCCCCAUUUUAUCAUGGGAGAAGCCAUAUGAUUACAAUAGAGUUUUAUGAUGAAGUUACCAUUGCGAUGAUAAGAAUCUGGAACUAUAAUAAAUCAAGAAUUCAUUCUUACCGGGGAGUCAAAGACUUGGUAAUGAUGCUGGAUGACCAAGUCAUAUUCAAAGGUGAAGUAGCUAAGGCUUGUGGUGAUAUACAAGGCAGCAUUCAGCAAUUCGGUGAUACAAUACUAUUUACAAUAGACGAGGCUAUUUUGGAAAAAAUAUCACUCAAUGAUACGUCGUUUGCUUUGCUGAAUUCCCAUGCUUCCACCCCUGGAAACCGAGAUGAGAGACCCCCAACUUCAAUUUUAUGUUCUGAGGUUCGUCCAAUAACUGGUAUUUCACUAAACCAAGAAUCCAUUACAAAAACCAGAUCAAAUAAAGAAGAAUUUCGCGAUAAAUUAGACUCGCCCCAGGAACAAAUAUUAAUGGCUGCCAAAAGUAUGGAUUUGGUUCUGGUGGAAAAUUGGGGAAAUGCUUUGGCAAUCGGAUUAACCGGUCUCGAAGUUAUCGGAGCAGGAGAUGCAGUUAUCAGUAUUAACGACAGGAACAUCACAACAAAUGUAAAGAGCAAAUCGGUGAAAAAUCUACUAAAUGGCCACAACUUGACCACUAAAUCAAAGGAUAUGUGGUGUACAUCCCUUCACCAAAACGAAACCAUUGUAAUUUCCGUAAAAUUUGACGAUUUUCAAUAUAUUUCAGGUAUAAAAUUUUGGAACUACAACGAAAACCUUGAACUAACAUACGCUGGAGUGAAGAUGUUAAAAAUCUUUUUAGAUAACCAACUAAUCAUGAAUCCGGCUUUAGGAGGUGAAUGUUUUCUUUUGAGACGUGCCCCCGGAAACUGUUUGUAUGAUUUUGUCCAAGAAGUCAGAUUCUUUGGCGACCCAUCAGAGAAUCUUCAAAUUUACUCAUCCAUGUCUUUGGACUCAAUGUAUGGUUUUGUUGUAGAGUUAGUGAUUUAUUCUACUUGGGGUGAUCAGUAUUAUGUGGGGCUUAAUGGACUGGAAUUAUACAGUUUUAAUGGAGAUAGGAUACCCCUGGAAGAUCAAAAUAUUUGUGCAUAUCCGGAAAGCGUAAACGUCCUUCCAAACGUUUCCGGAGACACCAGAACUCCCGAAAAAUUAAUAAAUACCCAAAAUGAUAACGACAGUGGUAGCCAGUCUUGGCUGGCCCCUCGUAUACCCAAGCUUUUAAACCGGGUGUUUGUGGUAUUAGAUUAUCCGAUUUCCAUUGCUUAUAUAAAACUGUGGAACUAUUCGAAAACCCCUUGUAGAGGCGUUAAGGAUUUCGGGAUUUUAAUUGAUGAUCUCUUAGUUUAUAAUGGAACAUUAAACCAGUUCGACCAAGAAGAAAGAUCACAAAUAUUUUACUUAAAUAAUGACCAGGAAAUGCAAAAUGGUGACGAGGAAAAUUUUGACCCCAAUAAGACCGAAAGUGCGAAUAAAUUGCUGCAUCAGGAUGAUAUUGACGAGAAUUUGAGGCCCAUGACUUGUGUGAGUCCCUGUUUUAAAUGAUCAGACGUUUAUCGACUAGAGGAGUUAUUGCAAUUUAUGAUAUUGUCUUAUACAGGGUGUAAACAAACGCAAAUUUCACGUUGCUACCACACUGAGUAGUCAUCAUUUCUGAAACACCUUGUAUUAGUUUGUGUUCUAAUGUUUGUGUAAUAUAAUUAGUUUUGCAUAAAA